AUGCACAAUCUCAAGAAAAUUGUGAUUUAUUUAAUGUUUUCAAUUUUUGAAUUUUCUGCAGGAAUUACAGAAUUUCCGUGUCAGUUUCCUUGUCCAUGGCACAAUAAAACAUUUGAUUCUUACUGGUCCAGUUCUGUUAAGACUCCAAUAACAUGGAGGUUUAACACUGAUGGCCAAACAUAUAUCUCGAGCGAUUCGAGGGACGUCGGUCAAUAUAUACACAAAUGUUAUCAAAUUACAGAACGAUUCCUUAUUGUUAGGGAUGGUGAUAGUCAGUCCUUUAGAUGCUACCCGAUUUAUUAUAAUCCUGAAGUUCCUUUAGAGUUUUUAAUGGGAGGUGGGAAUUCUUUUGUGUCUAUAAACCAGACAGGAGAAUUUACAGAUUUAUGUGAAUUUUGUAAAGAGCCGCGUUAUACAAGAAUUCAUUCUGCAACAGGACCACCGUCUAACUCCACACUGUCGCUAAACUGCACUAGACCAUCAGCAUGUUCACCUCCUGGUAAAGUUUGUAAUACGAGUGACACCAUCCCUAAAGCAUGCCCAACAACUGCAACACCAACUACUACAGCAGUUCCAAAAACUACGAAGAGCCGCUGUAGAAAGAAGAAGCACACUCGUCAAUGAAUUGAGGCAAAGACAAAAGAAGACCAUCAUUAAAUGUGUCAUCUGACAGUUAGGAAACG